AUGUCUUCUACUAUCUGGGCCGAAACUAAGUGUGAAGCGCCAAAGGCGCCUGUAGUUAAGGGGAAGUUCUGCGAUCUUCCUGAAAUCGUCCGAAAGUUUGUUGGUCACUGGGCCAAUAUAUGCACACCUCAGGAUGUUUUCAUUUGUGAUGGUUCUAAAGCUGAGGCAGAGGCCAUUACUGACGAUCUUAUUAAAUGCGGCACUCUGCGAAAACUGAAGGCCUAUGAAAACAACUACAUCUGCUGCACUGACCCGAAGGACGUCGCGCGUGUUGAAUCCAAGACUUUCAUCUGCACACCCGACAAGUACUCAACCGUGCCCCAUGUUGCUGAGGGCGUGAAGGGAAUUCUCGGUCAAUGGAUUUCACCCGCGGACAUGGACGCCGCUGGCAAAGAACGUUUCCCCGGCUGCAUGAAUGGGCGUACCAUGUACGUCAUUCCCUUCAGCAUGGGUCCCAUUGGCUCGCCUCUCGCCAAGUACGGUAUUCAGCUCACUGACUCGCAAUACGUUGUGCUAUGCAUGCGUAUCAUGACUCGCAUGUCCACUAAGGUCCUGGAGUACAUCCAGAAGCAGAACGAAUUCGUGCGCUGCCUACACAGCAUCGGUCUGCCGCACCCACACCCAGCGUCUGCUGUUGUCAAUAACUGGCCGUGCAACCCUGAGAAGACAAUCAUUGCCCACAUUCCCGACGAACGUCUCAUCAUGAGCUUCGGCUCCGGCUACGGUGGCAACUCGCUUCUGGGCAAGAAGUGCUUCGCCCUGCGUAUCGCCGGACGCAUCGCCUAUGACGAAGGCUGGAUGGCCGAGCACAUGCUCAUCAUGUCUGUCACCAACCCCAAGGGUGAGGAGAAGUUUGUCUGCGCCGCUUUCCCUAGCGCCUGUGGCAAGACCAACAUGGCUAUGCUCACUCCAAGCCUCCCUGGCUGGAAGGUUAUGUGCGUCGGCGAUGACAUCGCAUGGAUGCGAUUCAACGACAAGGGUGAACUCCGUGCCAUCAACCCUGAGGCCGGUUUCUUCGGUGUCGCCCCCGGCACCAACCACAAGACCAACCCGAACGCCCUCGAGAGCUGCAUGCGCAACUCCGUGCUGACGAAUGUCGGCGAGACCGAGGACGGUCGCUUCUUCUGGGAGGGUCUUGAGGGCGAAUAUGAGCCCGGGACGAAACUGACCACCUGGCUGGGCGAGAAGACCACUGUUGGCACCCCCACGAAGACACCCAAGGCUCACCCCAACUCGCGCUUCUGCUGUCCUGCCUCGCAGUGCCCAAUCAUCCAUCCAAAGUGGGAAGACCCCGCUGGUGUGCCCGUCAGCGUCUUCAUGUUCGGUGGUCGCCGGCCGGAGGGCAUCCCUCUUGUGUACGAGGCUCGCAGCUGGAAGCACGGUGUCAUGAUCGGUGCUCAGGUCAAGUCGGAAGCCACUGCCGCUGCUGAGUUCAAGGGCCGCCAGGUGAUGCACGAUCCUAUGGCUAUGCGUCCGUUCAUGGGCUACAACUUCGGCAAGUACUUGGAGCACUGGCUGUCGAUGGAGAAGCCCGGACGCCACAUGCCACGCAUCUUCCACGUCAACUGGUUCCGUCUGGACAGCAACGGACGCUUCGCCUGGCCCGGUUUCGGCGACAACAUCCGCGUUGUCGACUGGGCUCUGCGUCGUGUGUCCGGUGAAGACAUCGCCUGCGACUCCCCGAUCGGUCUCUUGCCAAAGAAGGGUUCACUUAACCUGGAAGGACUCAAUGUGGACUGGGACUCCAUCUUCGGGCUGGACAAGAAGUACCUGCUGGAGGACAUUGAGGAGACCACCAAGUUCCUCGACGAUCAGGUUGGCAUUGAUCUGCCCAAGGUCAUCAAGGAUGAGUUGGCUGAGCAGAAGAAGCGCAUUUUGGCAAUGUAA